AGUAUAUAACUAACUCCUCCUCUCAUUCCCCAUUUAUAUCAUCUUCUCCCCCGCAUCGCAUUUCCCCAAAUCCAUUGCCGAUUCCUUGGAAUCUGCCGCAUUGUAGUCAGUCGAUCGGAAGAUCUAAGAGCGAGCUGCGAUGAAGGUGAUUGAGAAGAUCAGGGAGCUGUCCAAGGAGGAGAACAAUGGCGGCAAGGUGGUCUUCUCCUUCGAGUUCUUCCCUCCUAAGACGCAGGACGGAGUUGAGAACCUCUUCGAGCGGAUGGAGCGCAUGGUGGCCCACAACCCUACCUUCUGCGACAUCACCUGGGGCGCCGGUGGCUCCACCGCCGAUCUCACCCUCGAGAUCGCCAGCCGGAUGCAGAAUAUGGUCUGCGUCGAGACCAUGAUGCAUCUCACCUGCACCAAUAUGCCUGUUGAGAAGAUCGAUCACGCUCUCGACACCAUCAAAUCCAACGGCAUCCAGAACGUCCUCGCCCUCCGCGGCGACCCUCCUCACGGCCAGGACAAGUUCGUCCAGGUCGAGGGUGGGUUCUCCUGCGCCUUGGACCUCGUGAAGCACAUUCGGGACAAGUAUGGAGAUUAUUUCGGGAUCACAGUUGCCGGUUAUCCAGAGACACAUCCUGAUGUUAUACCUGCUAGUGGAGUGGCUACGCCUGAGGCCUACCAGAAUGACCUUGCCUAUCUCAAGAGAAAGGUUGAUGCUGGUGCAGACCUCAUAAUUACUCAACUAUUCUAUGACACUGACACUUUCCUCAAAUUUGUGAAUGAUUGUCGUCAAAUUGGAAUAACAUGUCCCAUUGUUCCUGGAAUUAUGCCCAUUAACAAUUACAAUGGCUUUAUCCGUAUGACCGGCUUCUGCAAAACCAAAAUCCCCCCUGAGAUUAUGGCUGCUCUGGAACCAAUUAGGGACAAUGAAGAAGCUGUAAAGGCUUAUGGAAUUCACCUGGCAACUGAGAUGUGCAAGAAGAUUAUUGCUAGUGGAAUUAAGACAUUACACCUUUACACACUGAAUAUGGAUAAAUCUGCAUUGGCAAUAUUGAUGAAUCUUGGAUUAAUUGAUGAGUCCAGUAUUUCAAGAUCGUUACCUUGGAGACGUCCCACAAAUGUUUUUCGUACAAAGGAAGAUGUCAGACCCAUAUUUUGGGCAAAUCGUCCAAAAAGCUACAUUUCAAGGACCAUAGGCUGGGAUGAAUACCCACAAGGCCGAUGGGGUGAUUCCCGAAAUCCAUCCUAUGGAGCGCUUUCUGACUAUCAGUUCAUGCGACCACGUGCACGUGAUAAGAGAUUUCAUGAUGAAUGGGUUGUCCCAUUGAAUACCAUUGAAGAUAUUUGUGAGUUAUUUUCCAAGUACUGUCUCGGAAGAGUCAGAAGUAAUCCUUGGUCUGAACUAGAUGGGCUUCAGCCAGAGACAAGAUUUAUAGACGAAAAAUUGGCCGAUAUUAAUAAAAAAGGGUUCCUUACCAUCAACAGCCAACCAGCAGUUAACGGAGCAAAGUCUGAUUCACCUUCUGUUGGUUGGGGUGGCCCUGGUGGUUACGUAUACCAGAAAGCAUAUCUGGAGUUUUUCUGCUCAAGGCAGAAGCUAAAUGCUCUAGUUGAGAAAUGCAAAAGCUUUCCCUCUCUGACCUACAUUGCAGUGGAUAAGGAAGGAACUUGGAUUUCUAAUGUGAAGCAGACUGACGUGAAUGCCGUGACAUGGGGGGUGUUUCCAGCCAAGGAGAUUGUUCAACCAACAAUUGUCGAUCCUGCCAGCUUUAUGAUAUGGAAGGAGGAGGCUUUUGAAGCAUGGUCUAAGUGUUGGGGACACCUAUACCCCGAGUCUGAUCUAUCCAGAAAAUUGCUUGACGAGGUUGAAAGCACAUAUUUCUUGGUCAGUUUGGUGGAUAAUGAUUACAUAAGUGGUGAUCUGUUUGGCAUCUUCAACGAUAUGUAAGGGGCUCUCUUUCUAUGUUAUUCAUUCCUCUGAAACUCCAAUUGUUUUCCACUCGAAUCAAAGGUAGCAAGCACGGUGCUAUGGUUUUUUUUCACUUGUGUGUGUGUGUGUGUGUGUGUGUUACUGUACCACAAUGGUGUACUAUGAUUUUCCAGUCGUUAUUUAAACAAUAUAAUAAGCAGACAUAGUGUUGAAUACGGAGUAGAUUGUAUUAUUUCCCAACAACAAUAAUUUUCGUUGAUGUCUUAUAUUCCAUUAAACAUAAUUGGAGAGUUGAUCCUUGAUUUGUUCCAUAAAACGCGUCUAUUAUU